AUGUCGAUGUGGUUGACAGAUACUCAAAAAAUUGGAGUUGUUUUCUGCUCCGGCGGUGUGUUUGCGCCUACGCCUGCGCAUGGGCAAGGAGGCUUCUUCCUGAUAGGAGGUGUCAUGCUAUUCUUCGACCGAUCUAUGCUUGCUAUGGGAAAUAUCCUCUUCCUUAUCGGCUUGACCAUCAUCAUCGGACCUCAAAAGACACUUCUCUUCUUCGCCCGCAAGCAAAAAGCAAAGGGCACGGCGGCAUUCUUCCUAGGCCUGAUCCUUAUCUUCAUGAAGUGGACCUUUAUUGGGUUCAUCGUGGAAGCAUACGGCAUAGUGGUCCUGUUUGGAGAUUUCCUGGGGACGAUUGCUGGCUUUGCGCGAGGCUUGCCUGUCGUGGGACCGUAUAUUGGAAUGAUCGCCGAUAGGAUAGGCCUUGGAAGACGAAACGCCGAGCUUCCUGUUUAG